AGACGGAUGCCCAAGGGGAUCAGAAGGAGAGCCACACGAUCUGAGAUUCUCUCCAAUUCUUUUCUCCUCUCCUAUUUUUAUGUUCUCCUUGUUCAGUUAACAAAGAAAACACACGCACACGCACACGCACACGCGCACACACACAACAAUCUCUUCUAUUCUCUUCUGAAAAUUGUUGAGUAGAGGUGCUCUCCUUAGUUGUUGCUAUUUCAUAAAGGCCAUCACUUUGAAAAUUGCUGCAGCUUCAAGGCAUGAUGAGGUCUGCAGGGUAUAACGUGGUUGCUUCGUUUGCUCCUGUGCAUUGUAUUGCUGUUCGAACUCCGCGUAGGAUCUCAUCAAAGUUUAAAGUAGGAAAUUCCACAACAUCAAAGAAAUUAUACUGUUGUGGCACAGGCCACACAUCUCAUAAAGGACCACAAAUGGUUGUGGCUCGCUAUCCUCCUCCCCUCUUCAGUGUUGCCCCAAUGAUGGAGUGGACGGACAAUCACUAUAGGAUGCUCGCAAGAAUCAUAUCGAAAAAUGCAUGGCUUUACACGGAGAUGCUUGCGGCUGAAACAAUAGUUUAUCAGAAGGGUAAUCUGGAUAGGUUUUUGGCAUUCAAUCCAGAGCAACAUCCUAUUGUUCUUCAAAUUGGCGGGAAUAACUUGGAGAAUAUUGCAAAAGCGACACAACUUGCUAAUGCUUAUGGUUACGAUGAGAUUAACUUAAAUUGUGGAUGCCCAAGCCCUAGGGUUGUUGGACAUGGGUGCUUUGGAGUGCGGUUGAUGCUUGAUCCAAAGUUUGUAGGCGAGGCCAUGUCAGUUAUUGCUGCCAAUACAGAUGUCCCUGUGACCGUCAAGUGCCGGAUUGGUGUGGAUGAUUAUGAUUCUUAUAAUGAACUGUGUGAUUUUAUCUACAAAGUAUCUUCAACAUCUCCAACCAAACAUUUUAUCAUACAUUCACGAAAAGCAUUGCUCAAUGGCAUUAGUCCAGCUGAAAAUCGUUCAAUUCCUCCACUCAAAUAUGAAUACUACUAUAGCCUUGUGCGUGACUUUCCAGACUUACAGUUUACAAUAAAUGGAGGCAUAAAUUCAAUUGAAGAGGUAAAUGCAGCAUUGAAAAAAGGAGCUCAUGGGGUAAUGGUUGGACGUGCUGCCUACAAUAACACUUGGCAAUUGUUGAGAGAUGUUGACUCUGAAGUCUAUGGUGCUCCUCCUAGUGAUCUUACACGUCGUCAGGUUUUGCAUAAGUACCAAGAGUAUGCAGAUUCUGUUCUUGGCAAACAAGGCAACAAUAGACCAAAUAUUCGGGAUUUGGUCAAGCCUUUGUUGAACCUUUUCCAUUCUGAGCCUCGAAAUGCUGUUUGGAAACGCAAUGUAGAUGCUGCGUUUUUCCGUUGCACGACAGUUAAACAACUCCUUGACGAGACAUUGGUCAUUAUUCCAGACUACGUCCUUGAUUCACCAGCCGCUAGGGUGCCACCGAGUCGUGGAGAUAUUUUUGCAAAUGUGGAGGAUCUGAUGCCUCCCCCAUAUAAAUCAAGUGAACUGGAGUUACAAUAUGCUUAGUUUUUCGUAUAGAUGAUAAUCACCAUCGAAAUUGAGUUUACAGUUUACACACAAUAUUCAUCAUUCUUUGGGAUAUGACUUAUCUCCCCCUUUGAUAGAAUGUACUUUAAUUUCUUCAGGAAACAAAAAGGUUUACAAAAGUGUAUUUGGGUACUAAGAGAAUAGUAAUGAAAUCAGUAUCUUCACUA